AUGAAAAAUUCUGCAAAGAGUUUUCGCGGAUUUGGAUGCAGAUUUUUCACGAUGGGGGUCGGCCGGCGGUGUUACGGUGGAUUGUGGAGGCGGGUUGUCCGGGUCGGUGACGAGCGGAUCGGAGGCGGGGGCCGGUGGUCUGUGGACGGCGAGUUUGGGUGGGGAACGCGGGGUCGGAAUGGCGUCCGGAAGAGAAUGGCAGCGGGGUGCUAUCUAUCACGGCAAACAUUUCACAGAAGGCAGGGUGGGCUUUGGCCCUGGCUUCUCCUUCAAGCAGUGUCCAGUAAGGUAUCAACGUUGGGUCACAGCCACUACUAUAGCACUCAUAACGCGUCCAUCUUCACCAAUUUUCACCUAAUUCCCGUCCUUCAUCCGCCUCUCCUCCCCCGAGCUCGCCUACUGUCGACUGCAACUCAGCCGGAAUCUCCGCUUUUCCGCUCAAAGGCUGGAAAGCGCGUUCCGCAUCGUACCACGCAACGCUGGCUGCCAUCCCUCCCUCCCUCAACCAGAGGGCAUUGUUCAUCUCCCGAUGCAACAUUCACGCGUCACCGACGCGGGUCUCAGCAACUUACCAGUCACUGUUGGCCAUCUGGACAUCCUCAGAUGUCUCUCCCACUUGGGUGUUCUCAACGGAGAACGUUCGGUGAGGGGUAA